AUGGACAACCUUACUCCGCUACGGCAGCUAAUUCAGUCUCAUCCGCUGAUCGACCACCAUGCCCAAAACCUAUUGAACCGCGAGUCGGCCACUGACUCCGACAAUUACCCAAUUGAGGCCAUCACCUCCUCGGCAGACGGCCGCGCCCUAGAAAAUGCCCACACCACCCUCCCCACGCUGCGGGCCACAACCCAGCUCUCCGAGCUAUACGGCCGCCCGUGCGCAAACUGGAACGACAUCCAGACCGCCCACGACGAAAGCGUGCGCGAAGACUACAACGACUUAAUCCGAAAGUCUCUAUCAGGCACGCACGCACUGCUACUCGAUGAUUACCACAGCGACGACGAAGACAUCGAAUCCACCAGCUGGCACGAUAGCUUCACUGACUCGCCGACCAAGCGAAUCGUGCAAAUCGAAGCCCUAGCCGAGUCCACAAUCCUGGAUGUAUCGAACUCGCGCAAGAACGGCGAAUCAGUCUGGAACAAUUUCCGCCAGCGGUUCCAAGAUGCCCUCGGCGCGGCUUUGGACGAUGUCAACAUCGUUGGGUUCAAGUCGGAAAUUUGCUGUCGGACCGGAUUGGACGUGGAUGCGUAUUCCUCCGACGAUACCACUCUGGGCGGGUCAUUGAUUCGCAUCCUCGAUUCUGGUACAACGAGAUCUGGCUUCGCGGUCGAUGAUAAACAAAUCUGUGACUGGAUAGUCCAGCAGACGCUGAAAGCGAUUUGCUUUAAGAAGAAGGCGGGUGUUGUGAAACCUUUGCUGUUUCACACUGGCUUGGGAGAUAAUCGGAUUAAUCUUUUGCGGGCCAAUCCCGCAUGUCUGCAGCCUUUAAUUGCGCAGUAUGCUGAUGCGGAUAUCGUGCUGUUGCAUGCUGGAUACCCUUAUACCCGCGAAGCGGGGUAUCUGGCUUCUGUUUAUCCCAAUGUCUAUCUUGAUUUCGGGAAGGUUUUCCCCAUGGUUAGCCGUGAGGCGCAGACGAAGGUCCUGAGAGAAAGUUUGGAGCUUGUGCCUACCAAUCGUCUCCUCUGGAGUACCGGUGGCCGGUUGCACCCGGAGACGUUCUGGUUGGCUAAUCGACAGUUCCGUCAGGCUCUUGAGACGGUAUUCGUGGAUUAUGUUCAAUGUGGCGACUUCACUGCGUCCCAGGCUAUGAAGAUAGCUGCCGAUGUUCUGUUCUAUAACGCCAAUCGCCUUUACAGCCUCAACUUGACUCCGUCAUACACACCUGAAGAGUAA